AUGGCACCCACCGUUUCUUGCGGUUGUGUCAGGACUGCCGAUCAGUCAAUGCCGGAUCUGAAGUCUGCCAUGUUUCCGCAGUUCGAUCUGUCUGAGACAGGUUGUGAGCGCCUGGAAUAUGCCAGCCGGAUCUACCACGUUGCACAAGACGACCUGAGAGACACGUGCGCUGCUCUCUGUGCAGCAUGGGCGAUCCUUCUUGGCUGCUUCACCGGGUUGGAUGGUGUGUGUUUCGGCUUUGACAGUCAGCACAGCGUUACCGACACGUCGGGACACGCAGAGCGCAUGAGACAAGCUUUGCAUGUCCGGCUGCCUGCCAAUCAGCGCGUGGAAGAAAUCCUCAAUGGCAGCCUUUCGUCGCUGGUCCUGAUGAGCGAUGAGAAAGCCAAAACAGCAUUCAACACGAUUUUGUCAAUCCAGAACCACAGCGAUGAGCGUAGUAGCAACAGUGGAGAACAUCCUUUGUGGUGUAAAAUUCGCAUGACGGUAGAUCCCGUGACGCUCGAAACUGUCUUGAUAUGCGACUCUUCCUUCAUGAGUCGCGGCCAGGCUGAGAAUGUCAGCAGCACCUUCGACAAAAUCUUCAGGGAAAUAAACAACCACCCGGAGACUCUUGUAUCACAGAUCAGCCUCUUCAGUGAGCAAAACGAACGACAAGUCUUGGCCUGGAAUAGCAGCCCCAUGAGAAAUGUGCGCAAGUGCAUCCACCAGGCUCUGUCAAUGCAAGGAGCGUUGAAACCCGAUGCAGAAGCUGUUUGCGCUUGGGAUGGAAGCUUUUCCUACCAACAAGUCUUGUCCCUGGCAGAUCGUCUUGCCUGUCGUCUACAAGCCUCGGGUGUUGGGCCCGAGGUCUUUGUACCCAUCUGCUUCGACAAGUCCAAAUGGGUUGUUGUUUCUAUGCUGGCAGUCCUCAAAGCAGGCGGUAUCUUUGUGCCCCUUGACCCUUCGCAACCACUGCUUCGUCUAAAGUCUCUCGCGCAAAAGGUGGAUGCUACGACCAUCUUGUGCUCCCCUCAACAUCAGGACAUGCUAGCAAGCAUAGCGCCAGAGUUGAUCCCCGUUGAUGAGCAGCUAUUCACCGAGCUGCCCGACCAGAGCGACGAGGUCGACUGUGGAUCGUGGCAGAACGGAGCCUACAUGAUAUUCACGAGUGGCACAACGGGCGAGCCCAAAGGAGCCCUCAUACAACAUGGAGCUCUCAUGUCGAGCGCACUUGCUCAUGGGCCUGCGAUGAUGAUGGACUCCAACACGCGAUCGUUUCAAUUCGCUGCUUCUACCUUUGACGUGAGCAUCACUGAGAUCUUGACCUGCUUGAUUUUGGGUGGAUGUGUCUGCAUACCCAGCGAAGAAGCUCGCCUCAACGCAGUUGAAGAGGCAAUCACCGAGCUCCGAGCAAACUGGGCGCUUUUGACCCCGACAUUCGUCAAGUUCAUUAACCCCGCCAAUGUCCCAACCUUGAAGACGCUCGUUACUGGCGGAGAGGCGAUGACGCAGGCUGUCAUCCGCUCAUGGUCGCACAUCAACCUCAUCAACUGCUACGGCCCUGCUGAGACGUCUGUGGUUUCCCAUGUCCAUCGAGGCAUGGUGCAAGGGACCAAUCCUCUCAACAUUGGCCACCAGGUCGGUGUAAACUGCUGGGUUGUGGAUCGGGACAAUCACGACCGUCUCAUGCCCGUUGGCGCAGUGGGCGAGUUGGUCAUCGAAGGCCAUACGCUCGCACGCGAGUACUAUAAGGAGCCAGAGAAGACGCGCGAAGCCUUUAUUGAAGAUCCAUCGUGGGCAAAGAACCAGCUGUCGCGGGCUCGUUCUAGACGAAUGUACAAGACGGGUGAUCUCGUCAGGUACAACCACGAUGGAACUUUUCACAUCGCCGGCCGUAAGGAUGCACAGAUCAAGUUUCACGGGCAACGGAUCGAGCUCGGAGAGAUAGAGCAUCACAUCAAUGCUAGCGCCAGUAUCAAACACGGAAUGGUUGUCUUACCGACAGAGGGUUUCUGCAAGGGCCGACUCCUAGCCAUCGUGCAGCUCUGCGGUGCCCUGGACCAGGACCUCGUGCCCAAUGGUCAGCCCUUUAAGCUCAUCGAAGGCGAUCUUGAGAGUAUCGUACAGAACAAUAUCGCAGAGGUCAAGCAUCUACUUAGCGAGAGGCUACCUUCGUACAUGAUACCCUCUAUGUGGCUUGCCGUUGAGUUCAUCCCUCGUCUCCAAUCUGGGAAACUCGACAGGAAGCAAACUGGAAAAUGGGUCGAUGGCAUGAGCGAGGCUCUGUAUCGACAGCUCAACCCUGUAAUAGCGGCGACUCAGCUUUCCGAGGAUCUCAAGUGCGAAAGCAGGAUUGAGUUGGAGUUACACAAGAUCUGGACGUAUGUCCUGAACCUCAAAGAAGAACAGCUCGGCCUCACGCAAUCCUUCCUCAGCGUCGGUGGAGAUUCCAUCUCCGCCAUGCAAGUAAUGAGCGAGUGCAAGAAACGUGGACUCGGGUUGGCAGUCUCGCACAUCAUCAACUGCAAGUCCAUCAGGUCACUGGCGCUACGGGUCAAGGAUAUCGAAAGGCCUGUACUUCUGCAUGAGACGGCAGAAGAGCCGUUUGACCUCUCGCCUAUUCAGAAGCUGUACUUCGCGAGGCCGAACUACGAUCAGGGUCACUACAACCAGAGCUUCCUGCUACGGACGAGUCAGCAUAUCGAUGAAGUAGAUCUGCGCAAGGCGAUGGAGGCUAUUAUUUGCAGGCACUCUAUGCUUCGCGCGAGGUUCCAACAGGAAGUCAAUGGGGAGUGGAAGCAACGCAUUACCAACGACGUUGCGGCGUCAUAUCGCCUGCGCACAUUGGAACUGUCUCUGCAGGAGGACAUUGAUGACUCGCUCGUCGAUAGCCAAACCUGCCUAGAUCCUGUCCGAGGCCCACUUGUCGCUGCUGACUUGAUCGACCGAAGGACAGAAGAACAGCUCUUGUUCGUCGUGGCGCAUCACCUGGUAAUCGACCUUGUAUCUUGGAGAAUUAUCCUUCAAGAGCUCGAGGAGACAUUACUACGACCCGAAGCUCUGCAGGAAGUUGAUCCUCCGCUUCCGUUUCAGGUCUGGUGUAAGAUGCAGUCUGAACAGGCCAAGGCACAGAUACCGGACAAAGUCCUGCCAAUUCACGGCAUUCCCGACGGUGAUGCUGGGUACUGGGGCAUGGCAGACACUCCUAACAUCUAUGGGCAGAUGGUUCGUCAAGGCUUCGAGAUCGGGCCUCAACAAACAUCUCUUCUUGUAUCCAAAUGUCAUGGCGCCCUACGGACCGAGAUCCCGGAUGUUCUCAUGGCAGCGAUGGUGUAUUCCUUUGGCCAGAUCUUCACCGACCGUUCAAUCCCAGCCAUAUUUGCAGAAGGUCACGGCAGAGAAGUCUGGGACACCUCAAUCGACUUGUCUAACGUGGUCGGAUGGUUCACUACCAUUUACCCAGUCUUUGCUGGAUCAGAUUCGCAGACCAGUCUCAUCGACACUGUCAAAAUGAUCAAAGACGGAAGACGCAAAGUUCCUGAUAACGGGCGGCCUUACUUUGCGAGCCGCUGGUUGACAAAGGAGGGUCAAGAAGCAUUUUCUCACCACUGGCCUCUGGAGAUCACCUUCAACUACCUGGGCCAGUACCAGCAAUUGGAGCGUGAGGGUGCUCUCUUCACGCCUGAGAGCAAUAUCGCAGGUGAGAUUAGAGAGGCUAGUCAAGGUGCAGACAUCGGGCCUCUGACAGCUUGCAUCUCGCUUUUCGAGGUGUCAGCUGUCGUAGUCAAGGGAUCUCUCCGCUUCUCGUUUGGUUUCAACCAGAACAUGAAACACCAGCCGCAGAUCCGCGAGUGGAUUUCCUGCUGCGAACAGAGUCUCGGCCAAGUCAUUACAUCUCUAGCUUCGAUGGAACCUGAGCCUACUCUAAGCGACUUCCCGCUCCUCUCCCUCACUUACGAUCGAUUGAGAGUAUUCACAGAGGAGAAACUCCCCGAGGCUGGGAUCUCAAACGUCAGUCUUAUCCAAGAUGCAUACCCUUGCUCUCCGAUGCAGUCCGGACUCUUGGUCAGCACCACCAGGGAGAACAUCGCUUAUGCUGCCUACACGCUCCAUGAGGUCAAGAGCAGGAGCGGAGAGACUGUGGAUGUCGAGAAGCUCAUUGCUGCUUGGAAGCGCAUGGUGCAAUACCAUCCGAUCCUCAGGACUAUCUUCCUGGAGAGCGUGACGUUGGAGGAUUCCAUCUACGAUCAAGUCGUGCUCAAGGAAGUUGAAGUUCCGUUCACUGUUUCUGAGAGUAGCACAGACGAGGAAGCGAUUGCGGCGCUCAAAUUACCUACGAACCAUGGCGACAACGCAUGCCGACUACUACACCACUUCCACGUCUGCAAAGCAAUGAGCGGCAAGGUCUUUUGCAGAUUGGACAUUAGUCAUGUCAUUAUGGAUGGAACUUCGCUGUCAAUCCUCUUCAGAGAUCUUGCCCUGGCAUAUCAAGGUAUCCUCAAGGCUGAAACAGGCCCGCUGUAUUGCGAUUACAUCAAAGCCCUUCAAAGUCAGCCGGUACAACCUGGUAUCGAGUAUUGGAAGUCCUACCUAGCUGGUCUCGAGCCCUGUCUCUUCCCCGUUCUGGAUGAUGGGGAGACUGCAGAGGUCAAGGAGCUGCGACACUUGAGGGUCCGAUUUGAUGAGCUCGCUCAACUUCAGAGUCUUUGUGAGCGACUGGGAGUCACUAUUGUCAACGCCAUCUAUGCUGCCUGGGCAGUCACUUUGCGUUUAUACACUGGCUCUGACGAAGUUUGCUUUGGCUAUCUGACAUCGGCUCGUGAUUUGCCAAUCGAAGGUAUCCGAGAUGCCGUUGGUCCCAUCAUCAACAUGGUCACAUGCCGUGUCAAUGCUGAUAGUACUACCAGCUUGACAGACAUGAUGGGCUCAGUGCAGAGGGACUAUCUCGAAAGUCUAGAGUACCGCCAUACGCCGCUAGCCCAGGUCUACCACGCCCUUCAGCUCUCCGACGCUGUUCUCUUCAACACAGCAUUGUCGUACAGAAAGCUACCACCAACGACGCAGACGGACCUCGUGUUUGAGGAAUGUUGCCCUACCUACGAUCCUGAUGAGUACAACGUGUCGGUCAAUAUCGAGGCCGGCGAGCAUGACAUGGCGAUUGACUUGAUGUACUGGUCCGAUACUCUCUCUGAUGGACAAGCUGCCAAUGUUGCUGGCACGUUUAGAAAUGCGCUUAGCAAUAUUCUGCAUCAUUGCAACGAGCCCAUUGCGCAGCUCGACCAUUUGGGUUCCUGGCAUAGCUCUCAAAUUAGUCGAUGGAACCAGCGUAUUCCUGAUGCAAUUGAGAGUUGCGUCCACGGCUUGUUCAAACAGCAGGUUGCAUCACGGCCUGACAGGCCUGCGAUUGCUUCAUGGGACACGAACCUCACCUAUGCCGAGCUUGAUAACGCCUCUGACAAGCUGGCCCAUCAUAUUGCCUCUCUAGGCGUUGGCUUAGAGACCUUUGUGGCCGUCUGCUUCGAGAAAUCUGCAAUUGCCAUAGUUUCUAUGCUGGCCAUUCUCAAAGCUGGCGGUGUAUGCGUACCUCUGGACCCAGCGCAUCCGGAGGCUGCGCACCGUCUUCGUAUCGAAGAUACAGCGUCUACUAUCGCUCUUGUAUCUCCUUCAUUAGUACCCAAGCUCAACUCUAUUGUUGCGACAGUCGUGGCUGUAGACGCAGAUUUGCUACAGACUAUCGGCACGGCACUUGAGUCGCCUCUUCCCGAAGUCACACCUCACAACGCCUGCUUCGUUAUCUACACGUCUGGUAGCACAGGGCGCCCCAAGGGUGUAGUCCUCGAGCACAGAGGCAUCGCCAGCAACGCCAUGUACUCAGGCCCCAAGUUAGGCUACGGCUCAGACUCGAGGGUGUUGCAGUUCGCUUCGUACACCUUUGACAAUAGUCUCGCAGAGAUUUUCAGCACUAUCAGUCUGGGAGGCUGCGUAUGCGUACCAUCGGACCAUGAGAGGCUGAACGACCUAGCGGGAGCAAUUAAUCGGUACAGCGUCACGUUGGCUGAUAUAACGCCCACUGUGGCUUGCUUCCUCGAGCCAUCCGAGGUUCCGACUUUGAAGACUCUGGCUCUUGGGGGUGAAGCGGUGACUACCAAGUGCGUUGGCAUCUGGCGCGACUUUGUGUCUCUGCGGUGCUGCUACGGGCCGUCGGAAUGCUCCGUCAACUCGACUUUCUCUGGAGAUAUCGCCCAGCCAGGUAAGGCGAACAACAUUGGUCGUGCCAUUGGUAGCGUCGCUUGGGUAGUCGAUGCGACCGAUCAUAGCCUUCUUGUCCCAAUUGGUUGCGUUGGUGAGCUCCUCAUUGAUGGCCCUAUCGUGUCUAGAGGUUACCUCAACCUCCCAGACAAGAUGGCCCAGUCUUUUGUUCCUCCGCCCGCCUGCAUUGAGGGAAUCACUGAGAAUGGCAGACUGGAUCGCAAGCUCUACAGGACCGGCGACCUUGUGCGCUACAACUCGGACGGCACACUUACCUACCUCGGGCGGAAGGAUACCCAGGUCAAGCUCAAUGGCCAGCGCAUUGAACUCGGAGAAAUUGAGCACCACAUCGAGGAGAAUCUCCCCAAGGGCUGGGAAUCUGCCGUGGAGCUCAUCACAUCACAGGGCAGGAAGCUGCUCGCCUGCUUUAUCUGUGCAGAUGCUGAUAUCUCCCUCAGAGAAACCAGCGAUGACAGCAUGCUGCUGGACAUGGAUGAGUCUUUCAGGUCUCACGCCAAGAAGCUCGAGAUUGUGCUUUUCAAUGCAGUCCCCGCCUACAUGGUCCCAUCCGCCUGGCUCCCCGUCUCCAAGAUGCCUCUCACUUCGUCAGGCAAGCUCAAUCGGCGCAGUCUCAGGUUUCUGGGAGAGUCGGUGCCUGCAGCGAAGAUGAAGUCUUACAAGCUUGCUCUCAAGAGUGGCAGAGCGCCGUCCAGCAAGGUGGAGAAGCAAUUGGCUGUUAUGUGGGCUCAGCUGCUCAACAUUGACGUGGUGUCUAUCGGAGUCCAGGAUCACUUCUUCAAACUUGGAGGCGACUCGAUUGGGGCCAUGCAACUGGUGACGCUGGCUCGAUGUUCCAACAUUGACUUGACUGUUGCUGGGGUGUUCCAGAAGCCAUCACUGCUGGAUAUGGCCGAGUCCGCGGUUCCGUUAUCCAAAGCGCCUACUACAACAUACCAACCAUUCUCGUUGUUAUCCGGCGAUUGUUCUGUCGAUAAGCUGCGACAAACAGUUGCCGGCUCUGCUCGCAUCGACGUUAGUGAUGUUCAGGACAUCUAUCCGUGCUCUGCGUUGCAAGAGGGUCUCAUGGCUCUCUCCACCAAGGAGCCUGGAGCUUACGUGGCGCAACUCGUCUAUCGGCUACCAGCCGACAUCGACGUCUACAAGUUCCAGGAGGCUUGGACAAUUGUGGUGGAAGCCGAGCCAAUGCUGAGAACAAGGAUCGUUCAUACAGAAGAUGCUGGGUUUGUGCAGGUUGUUGUUGCCGGAGAAACACCUCAAUGGUCCACCUUUACCAGCCUCUCAGAUACCGACACAACUCGGCGCCAGCUUCCAUUGUAUAAUGGUGCGACAUUGGCCAGCUACGGUAUCGUUGACGAUGGUUGUACAGGCAAAUGCUUCGUGUGGACAAUCCAUCAUGCGAUCUAUGAUGGCUGGUGUCUUCCUCUCAUCCUCGACAAGGUUAAACGAUGCUACCACGACAAUCUGAGUUCCACACAAAUAAAGGGCCCUGACUACACCAACUUCAUUAAGCACCUCACAGACCUUGACCGGGAUCAGGACAUCGACUUCUGGGAGUCCCAUCUCUCCGACAUCUCGACCCAGCACUUCCCACGUCUUCCCAACGCCGAUUACCAGUCUUCCGCAACGAGUCUGCUAGUCCACAAAGCAACCUUGACGAGCCCGUCAGGAUCAGAGAUAACUGCAGCCACUAGAAUCCGCACAGCCUGGGCGAUGGCGGUGUCUACCUACUCUGGAGCCAACGACGUUGUCUUCUGGGAGACCAUGACGGGGCGCGAUGCUCCUGUUGUCGGGAUUGAGGACAUGGCUGGUAUCACACUGGCGACUGUUCCCACACGUGUAGUCAUCGACCCUUCACACACCCUUGCUGAGCUUCUUGUCUCCGUGCAGGAUCACUCAGCGGCUGUGAGAAGACAUCAGUUUGCUGGAAUUCAGUGCAUCAGAAACAUCAACGCUGAUACAACCCUCGCUUGCGGCGCUCAGAACCUCUUGGCCAUCAACUAUGGACCUCGAGAGUCGACGGAUGCCUUUUGGUUCGAGCAGUCAAACGAGAUGGCUGAUGGUGAGCUCGAGACUGUCGUUCACUUUGAUCCCAACGUUAUACCUGAGGUUCAGAUGCAGCGCAUAAUGGAUCACUUUGCACUGAUGCUGGAGUCCGUGUCGUCGCCUGAUCUGCUGGAUGAGAAGCUUCGCGAUAUGCCUUUGAUCAGCCACAGUGACCUACAGACGCUGCGUGAAAUGAACCGUGCUAUCCCUUCGCCAUCGAGACGACUCCUUCACGACGUGUUCGGGGCUCAGGCAGUGGCUCAACCACGAGAUAAGCUCGCUGUCGUGUCAUGGGACCAGAGCCUCACAUACGCUGAUCUGGACUCUCAAUCUACACGUCUUGCUCGUUCAUUGGUGGCAAAUGGCGUUUCAGUCCAUUCCGUCAUUCCCUUCUGCAUGGACAAGUCAUCUCUAGUGGUUAUCUCCAUCCUGGCUAUUCUCAAGUCAGGUGCUGCCUUCGUGCCUCUAGACCCAGCGCACCCCGAUGCCCGGAUCAACGGCAUUCUUGCUGAUACUGGGGCCACAGUCGUUCUCUCGUCUGAUCAACACGUCGAGCGUUUGAAGAACCUCGGAUCGAGGGCCAUCUCCGUCUCGCAGGCUUUGGCAGACGGUAGGACUCACAGUCACGACGAUGCAACCAGCCACGUACCUCUAUCAUUAUCUGCCAACAGUCCAGCCUACAUCAUCUUCACCUCCGGCACAACUGGAAAGCCAAAGGGAACCGUUAUCGACCAUUCCGCAUUCUGCACUGGCGCGUAUGCACACGGUAGCGCCAUGGGCAUAACUGAGUCAUCACGCGUCUUGCAGUUUGCCUCCUAUACCUUUGACGCCAGCAUCAUGGAGAUCCUCACCACACUCAUCCACGGCGGGACAGUCUGCAUUCCAAGUUCCGACGAGCGUCUCCACGAUCUUUCCGGGGCUAUCAACAGAAUGAACGUCAACUGGGCUCUGUUAACGCCUUCGGUGGCCCAGCUGCUUCAGCCUUCGAUAGUCCCUGGUCUUGAGACUCUCGUGCUGGGAGGUGAGGCCAUGUCUUCUGCUCAUAUCUCUUCGUGGGCGCCGUCAGUUCGUCUUAUGAACGCGUAUGGACCCAGUGAAACUGCAGUGGUAGCUGCCGUCAACCCGAGCGUUACACUGGACUCUUCUCCCUCGAAUAUCGGACAUGCUGUCGGGGGCAUGUGCUGGGUCACUGACGCCGACAACCACGACAGACUUAUGCCCAUCGGCGCUGUGGGCGAGCUCGUGAUAGAAGGUCCGAUCCUCGCUCAAGGGUAUCUGAAUGACCCCGAGCGAACUGCAAGAUCUUUUGUUACCAACCCGAGGUGGUGUCAACAGUUCCCAGCGGCUGUUUCAGGCGCGGAACGCAGGUUUUACAAGACGGGAGACUUGGUCAAACUUACCGAGGAUGGUAUUGAGUUCCAUGGGCGCAAGGAUGAUCAAGUCAAAGUCAAUGGUCAGAGAAUCGAGCUUUCUGAGAUUGAACAUCAUUUGAGCGCAGAUCCAGCCGUCGAGUCCUGUCUAGCCGCAGUCCCGGGCUCUGGCCCCUUCAAAGCCCGCCUGGUGGCCAUUCUAUCUCUCCACUCUCUCACGACCAUCAACGGAGAAGAAGAGAUCCAGUCCAUAACCAAGUACCCUCCAUCCCUCUUGGUGGGUAUUCGUGAAGGUCUUGCAAGGAAUGUAACAUCUUACAUGAUCCCAUCUCUAUGGAUUGUCGUCAACCAUAUUCCCCUUCUCCCCUCUGGCAAGCUUGACCGCAGGCGCACCGUCCGAUGGGUCGAUGAUAUGUCUCAUGAACAAUACCAUCUAGUUCUUGACGCGCAGGAAGAGGCGUCUGCGCUGGAUAGAGAACCAUCGGAGAUGGAGAUCAAGCUUAGGGCUGCUUGGGCCAAGGCCCUUAACCUCAAGGCCGAUAUGGUUCCAUUCAAGCAGUCCUUCAUCCAUCUCGGCGGCGAUUCGAUAUCCGCUAUGAAGUUGAUGGCUGUUUGUCGCUCCUUAGACAUGGCUGUAUCUGUCAGCCAGAUCAUGCGAGCCAAGUCCAUCAUCGACCUUGCGUCUGCUGUCACCAACGUCGAGGAAGCCAUGUACGACGACGAACAGCUGGAGAAACCUUUUGAACUAUCACCUAUCCAAAAGGUUUACUUCGAGGAUAUUGGUGUAGACUCUCACCACUUCAACCAGAGCAUGACCCUGGCUACGACCCGCAUCAUCACCUCGCAGGAAUUAUCGGAUGCUCUCCGCUCUAUCGUCGAGACGCACAGCAUGAUGCGUGCUAGGUUCUCGCAGGCUGACGGAAACUGGACGCAGCGGAUUACUAGCGAUGUCGCUGGAUCCUACGCUCUCCGUUCAUAUGGCAUUGUCCAUGAGGAACGACUUUUGGAGUUGGUGGCGGAGAGUCAGACUACCCUAAGCAUUGUCGAUGGGCCGAUAUUGGCUGUCGACAUGUUUGAGAUAGAGGCAACUGGUGACCAAAUUAUUACAUUCGUGGCUCAUCACCUGGUGGUUGAUGUCGUGUCUUGGAACAUCAUCCUGCAAGAUCUCGAAGGAUUCCUGUCAGCAUCAACCUACAGACCUGCGAAGUCUGUCUCCUUCCAGACGUGGAUUUCCAAGCAACGCGACGAGGCUCAGAAAGCUUCACUGGAGCGUGUAUUCCACAAUAUCCCAGUCCCUCCAUCAGACCGCCGGUACUGGGGGAUGGAAGAUGUACCGAAUCUUCAUGGCGACUCAGUCACAGAGACUAUGACGAUACCCAAUGGCACAUCAAGCCUGCUCUCAGGUAGUAGCCAUGAUGUCGUCGACGUCUUGCUGGCAUCAAUGUUAGCAUCCUUCCGCCAAACCUUUCCAGACCGUUCUUCGAUACCCCCUAUAUUCAACGAGGGCCAUGGAAGAGAGCCUCCCGAUGACAAUCUGGACUUAUCACGCACCGUUGGAUGGUUCACCACCCUCUGUCCUGUCGUUCUCCCUGAGACUAUUCCUAACGAGUACGACAUCCUUGAUGUUGUGCAUUGGGUACGGGACUACCGGAGAAAGCUUCCUGGCAACGGUCGACCUUACUUUGCUCAUAGCAUGUUGGCUGACUCGAAAUCCCCGAUCAAAUUCCCGGUCGAGAUUGCUUUUAAUUUCCUUGGCCACACACAGGAGUUUGGAGCAGAGGAUUCUGUGUUCAAGUCUGUCGACGUAAGCAUGUUGAACUCUUUGAGCUCGCAGUCCGAUAUCGGGGCCGACGUCCCACGUUUGGCACUCAUCGAGAUCUCAGCUUCUUUCACCAAAGAAGGGCUGAUCUUUGACUUUUCCUUCAACCGCCACAUGCGCCACCAGCCGUCUAUCAGCAGGUGGAUCGAGACCUGCAGUGCCUGUAUACACCGAGCAGCUCAAGUAAUAUCUCAAGAUACACGAGAGCUAUCCCAAGAUCUAUCUCUACUUCCUCUGGCCUUCAAGAAAGAGUCCCAGGUUACGCAGGCUCUCACUGAGUUGGGUAUCUCUCCUGAUAACGUUGAAGCAGUAUAUCCAUGCUCCUCGGUUCAGCAGGGCAUCCUCUUGUCCCAGAUCAAGGACCCUGGAUACUACUCUUACUCCAUCACGUUUUCAGUUACAUCCACACGACAAGGCGAUGCGAUCGAUGUGCAAAGACUUUCAGAAGCUUGGAAGCGUGUAGUCCAUCGCCAUUCCAGCCUUCGAACUGCGUUCGUCGACAGCACACUACAGGAGGGAGCUGUCAGUCAAGUCGUUCUAAGGAGUCACGACGCCAACGUCUCUAUCGUUGAGUGUCCUUCCAGAGAGGUAGACCACAGGCUUAAUGACCAUCCACCGCUCGGCCUUCCUACCAAUCAGCCACCUCACCGUCUUACAAUCUUCAACACCACAGAGAACACAGUGCUGUGCGUGCUUGAGAUGAGCCAUGCCAUCUCUGAUGGAACAUCUAUGCCUAUCCUGUUCCGCGAUCUUGGCCAAGCGUACGAGCGCACUUUGGAUACUGCCAACCUGACCGUUUACAGGGACUACGUCUCCUUCUUGCAGCGAAAUGGUGAUUCUAAGGAUGCCAGGUACUGGAAGGCGUAUCUGGACGGCGCUGAGCCUUGUUGCUUACCCCUCCUUUCAGACGGGACCACAGCGCCCAGGACCCUUCGAACCCUUACCCAAGGUAUCUCGCAUGCCGCUGAGCUCCAGUCACUCUGCACCGAAAGAGGCAUCACUCUAUCCAACUUGCUGCAGCUGGCGUGGGCACUGGUCCUCCAAGCAUACACAGGCCUUGACGAUGUGUGCUUCGGCUAUCUCGUCGCUGACAGAGAUGUACCCAUCAGUGGUAUAGACGACGCAAUUGGAGUAUUCAUCAGUAUGCUCGUCUGUCGCGUCCGCCUCGAUCCGUCCACCAUUCUCAACACCGCCCUGCGAACCAUGCAGGACGAUCUCGCUACAGCCAUGAACUACAAGAAUGUCUCGCUUGCCAACUUUCAAAACGCCGUGGGCACCAACGAGCCUCUCUUCAACACCGCCUAUUCUUUCCAGCGUAGGUCAGUGUCCAAGAAUAUGGCGACAGGUACUCUCUCGUUCGACGUCAGGGAUGCGCAGGACCCUAGUGAGUACGACGUGACUGUCAACGUCGAAGUCUGGGACUCGAACGUGGAAUUGCAGUUAUGUUACUGGCAAGACAAAGUCUCAGACGCGCAUGCUGUCAAUAUUGCUUCAACAUUUGACCAGAUCCUCUCUUCGAUUGCGACAUGCGACACAGCACUUCCGUUAAACCAACUGAACAUUCUCAGUGACCACGGUAGACAGCAACUGAUGACGUGGAACAACGCUGAGCCUGAGGUCUUGAAUGAGUGUGUGCACCACGUCUUUGAGAAUAAUUGUCAACGACUAUCAGACCAUACUCCCGCUAUCGACGCCUGGGACGCCACCUUUACCUACUCUGAACUUGAUGCAGCUGCUUCGCGAUUCGCUCAGUACCUCGUCUUUCUCGGCGUCGGGCCAGAGGCGUACGUCCCACUGUGCUUCGAAAAGUCAGCCUGGACAGUCGUUGCCAUGAUGGCAGUCCUCAAAGCCGGCGGAGCCUUUGUUCCUCUCGAUCCUACUCAUCCACCCGACCGCAUCAAGUUUUUGGUCAGCAACGUCAACGCCAAGCUAGUCAUCUGCUCCUCGUCCUUGAAGGCCAAGUUCGACAGCUUGGAUCUUCCGGCUAUUCCUCUUGGCAAGGAAACCAUGUCGAUGCUGCCCUCCGUGUUUCCAGGCUCACCCAACAUCAUUGUUCGGCCUGACAACGCUGCCUACGUCAUCUUCACCUCAGGAACGACGGGUGUUCCUAAGGGAACGAUAAUCGAGCAUGCAUCCUUUGCCACCGGAGGAACCGCUCAUGCAAAGGCUAUCAUGAUGACAUCAUCCUCGCGAGUGCUGCAGUUUGCGUCUCACACAUUCGAUGCUAGCGUUAUGGAGAUCCUGUCCACCCUGUUAGUAGGCGGUUGUAUAUGCAUACCCAACGAGCAAGACCGCAUGAACGACUUGUCAGGCGUCAUCACCAAGUUCAACGUGAACUGGACAUUGCUCACACCGUCUGUCGCGAGUGUUCUCAAGCCGGGCAGUCUUCCUUGCCUCAAGGUCCUCGUCACCGGCGGCGAGGCAAUGUCGAGAGAUCACAUUACGAAAUGGGCUGGCCAUGCCGCUCUCGUCAAUGCUUAUGGCCCCAGUGAGACGAGCGUUAUCGCUGCAACGAGCACAAAGGUUGAUCAUGAUGGAGAUAUCCUCAACAGCGACCCAUCUACUAUCGGCAACGCUGUUGGUAGUCGUUGCUGGGUCGUGGAUGCGCGCAACCACAAUCGCCUGAUGCCAAUUGGCGGCAUCGGCGAACUAAUCGUGGAAGGGCCUAUUGUUGCCCGAGGUUACCUCAACAACGAGACGAAGACGGAAGAGGCAUUCAUCGAUCCUCCAUCCUGGCGUGCAGACAUGAAUCUUGAGGGAGAUGGCACACAUCGUCUAUACAAGACUGGUGAUCUGGUCAUGUACAACUCGGACGGUUCGCUCAAGUAUGUGUCGCGCAAGGACACACAGAUCAAGCUUAAUGGACAACGUAUUGAACUUGGGGAGAUCGAGUACCAUGUCCAGGCUCACUUACCGGACUGCAUUCAAGCCGCUGUUGAUAUAGUUGUUCCGCAGAGCAAGACGUCAACCAAGGCACUCGCCGUCUUCUUUACCAGCGACGAUGAUUUCGGGGACACUCUCACCGAAAACGUUGAUCCUCUUCUUGCAAGCAUGUCGAGUGCUUCGACUAACCUUGCCCAAUCCCUCAAGUCAGCCCUCAGAGACUCUCUCCCAUCGUAUAUGGUCCCUGCCAUCUACAUACCGCUGUCCAAGAUGCCAUUGACCUUGGCUGGCAAACUUGAUCGCCAGAGACUCAAGACCAUAGCCAAAUCCGUGCCAGCUCAGCUGAUGGCCUCCUACAAGCUCUCUGGCUCAUCUCGAAGAGGGGAUCACCCUACAUCGGCAAUGCAGCGCAAAAUGCAGAAAGCCUGGGCUGCAGUCUUGAACAUUCCUAUUGUCCAGAUCAGCAAAGCCGAUAGCUUCUUCAGACUCGGUGGCGACUCCGUCGAUGCCAUGAAGCUCGUUCCGGCUGCUAGGGCGGAAGGCCUUGUCAUCACAGUCAUGGCUAUCUUCAACAAUCCUGUCCUUUCAGACAUGGCAAUGUCUUGCAAACACUCGGAUGAAGCUCCUGUCUCAAGUGUAGACCCGUUCUCGCUUCUUCCAGAUACUGAAGAUCCUUCGUUACUUCUGCGCGAGGUUGCAGGCCGUUGUGGUGUGCAGGAGAGUCAGAUUCUCGAUAUGUACCCUUGUAGCUCCCUCCAAGAGGGUCUUGUUGCCUCGACCUUGCAGCAACCGGGUGCAUAUGUCGCUACUUAUGUUUUCAACCUUCCUUUGGGCAUCUCCAUUGAUCGUUUCAAGCUUGCUUGGCAAAAUACUGUUGAUCGAGUCGACAUUUUGAGAACCCGCAUUGUCAACACGUCGCUCAAGUCAUACCAACUCGUUCUUGCCCCUCAUGACAUUCAGUGGGAUCAUUAUGACGACCUUGAGUCAGCUACUGUCAAGGCUGUAUCGGUACCUGAUCACAAUGGAGGAGCUCUAGCCCGCUACAGUAUCGUCGAGGCACAUGAUGAUGGGCCUUGUCACUUUAUAUGGGUUGUCCAUCACGCGCUUUAUGAUGCGUGGAGCAUGCCAUCUCUCCUCAAACUUGUGUCGCAGUUCUACCACGGAGAUACCGCCCAUGAGCCUGUGGGACAAUACGCCAACUUCAUCAAGUACCUAGCCGAGGUUGACACUGAAGCCUCUGAUGACUUUUGGAGGGCCAGGUUCCAAGACGCUUCUCUGGUAUCUCACUUCCCCAAAGUUUCUUCGACGUCUGCUGCGCAAUCACAUCAUGAAACCUUGACACAUACAGUGCACUACAACAGAAACGACCUUGGCAUGGAUAUAACCGUUCCGACAAUCGUCCGGGCAGCAUGGGUGCUUGUCCUGGGGUCUCAGACUGGAUCUGACGAUGUCGUCUUCGGCGAAACAUUAUCUGGGCGUGACAUCGCCCUGGACCAUGUACAAGACAUCCUUGGACCUACCUUGACCACGGUACCCUCAAGAGUUCAUAUCAGUCGCCAUAGCACCAUUAGUGACUUCUUGAAGAACCUUCGUGAACGGGCCACGGACGUGAUCCCUCAUCAACAUGCGGGUCUGCAGCGUAUUAGUCGCUUAGGCGAUGCCAUAGCAGUCGCCUGUGACUUCCAGAACUUACUGGUGAUACAGUCGUUUGACCAGGUAACGGGCCCGAAUGACCUGUUGAGCUCUCCCCAACAUGAAGUUGACCAGAAAAACUUCUUCACAUAUCCACUGGUUGUGGAAUGCUCCAUUGAGAAGCAUGAGCUCAUUUUGACAAUUCACCACGACAACAAGGUCAUCUCUGGAUGGGACGCACGGCACAUCGCGCAGCAGUUCGAAGCGCUGGUAGGUCAACUGACGGACCUAUCUCUUGGAGGACCCGCUCGCAAGGUAUCGGAUCUUCGGCUCUAUAGCCAAGCGGACGUGGAGACCAUCAGAGGAUGGAACAGCCUUGUCCUACAGCCUUCAGAAGAGAGUAUUCCGGACCUGUUCUGGCAGUCAGUAGCAACCAAGCCCAACAAGACCGCCGUUCGCGCCUGGGACGGUCAACUUAGCUACACAGAUCUUGCCCAGCACGCCUCGCAUUUCGCCAGGAUGCUCAUGCGACAUGGUGUACGCGCUCAUGAGCUGGUUCCAUGCUGUAUGGACAAAUCUCUCUGGACGACAGUCUCAAUGCUCGCUGUGAUACUCGUCGGGGGCACUAUCGUUCCUAUGGACCCAGCGCAUCCUUCCGCCCGUCACGCCGAGAUCGCACGCGACUGCAAGGCCCGUGUUGCGUUGUGCGCACCUCAGUAUCAAGACCGCUUUCAGGGCCUUGUCGAGACUGUUGUCUUGGUCACUUCCGACUCGUUCACUACCCCCGAGCUUUUCACGCAGGAUCUACCAGUCGUCGCACCUCGAGAUGCCGCGUUUGUCAUCUAUACCUCGGGCAGUACUGGAAAGCCUAAAGGCGUUGUCAUUGAACACGGCUCUUUUGUGACAAGCUCCAGGGCUUUCAUGAAUCGCAUGAACAUAGGUCCGGACUCCGGUGUAUUCCAUUUUGGAUCCUACGCAUUCGACAUUGCCAUGGGAGAGACGUUUGCUCCAUUCACCAUCGGUGCCUGUGUCUGCAUCCCUAGCGAAGAGAUGAGAAUGGUGGAUCUCGCCGGUUCCAUGAACUCCCUUGGUGUCACUUGGGCAUUCCUAACGCCCUCGGUCGCAAAUCUGCAGGACUCCUCCAAAUUCACCACAUUACAGACCCUGGUCUGUGGAGGCGAGACUCUGACACCCGAAACAAUUAGUGCCUGGGGAGGCAAGGUCGAGCUGAUGAAUGGCUACGGGCCAGCAGAGUGUACCAUAUUUGCGGUUGCAAACAGUUCUGUUUCUACUGCCAAGGCUAAUAUCGGUCACGCCAUGGACGGGAACCACACUUGGGUCGUCGAUCCGAGAGACCACAACUCUCUUGUCCCUGUGGGGUGUGUUGGAGAACUCCUCAUCAGUGGUCCCAUCGUGGCCCGCGGGUACUUGAACGACACAGAACGGACGGCGGCAUCCUUCAUCGAGGAUCCAGCGUGGAUGCACUUGUUCACCACUGAGCAAGUGCGUCUGUACAAGACAGGCGACUUGGUCAGAUAUUGUCCUGAUGGAUCACUCAUGUAUCUUGGGCGCAAGGAUCAUCAAGUCAAGCUUCAUGGCCAGCGCAUGGAGCUUGGUGAGAUUGAGGCUCGUCUUGAGUCUGAACCGCGUAUUCGCCAGGUCUUGGUCAACCUUCCGCAGUCAGGCAUCUUCAAGGGCCGCCUGGUUGCCAUCACCUCUCUCGAGGGUCCCUCAUCCACCGAAGCACCUCUUACCACGUCUGGCUUUGUCCCUAUCCUCGAAUCCGCCAUGGAUACUGCCCGAACACAGAUCCGCGCCGUACAACACGAUCUGGCUGCUACACUUCCACCUUACAUGAUACCGUCAGUUUGGCUCGCAGUCCAAGCUAUUCCACUCUUACUAUCUGGAAAGCUUGACAGAACGAGUGCAAGCAGUUGGCUUGCCGAUGCACAAGCGAACUUUUGCGAGGUUACUGUCGACUUGGGUGAUGGUCAAGAUGCGGUGGACUCAGUGAUGACACCAGUUAUCCAACAGCUCAGGCGCAUCUGGGCGUCAACCCUUAACAUUCCAGAGACAGAAACCCCUACGAACCGCUCUCUCAUUUCCCUCGGCGGUGAUUCCAUCAUGGCGAUUCAGAUACUUACACGCUGUCAUGACCAGUCCAUUUCAUUGACUAUGCAGGACAUCAUGAGGGCCAAGGGAAUCUCCGAGUUAUCUACUUUCGCCGCCUUUAAAGAGCAGCCAGUGCUCGACCACUACGAGGAAGACGACGAUAAAGAAUUCGAGCUGUCACCAAUCCAACGUCUCUUCUUCAGCAACAGCACUAAUAAGGGCCGCGGGGACCGUUUCAACCAAAGUCAACUUCUAUCCAUCAACAAGAUUUUCGACGUGUCCACCCUCCAAGAGGCUCUUGAUGCUCUUGUUGAAAGACAUCCAAUGCUUCGCGCCCGGUUCAACAAGUCCUCUGCUGCCGGUUGGACACAGCAUAUAGUUUCACAUGUCCAAGGUUCAUAUGGCUUUCAACGCCAUGAGAUUAUUGCAGAGCCUGACAUGAUACCGAUCAUAGCCGCCAGCCAAAGAAGCAUUGAUGUUUCUGGUCCCGUUUUUGCGGUUGACCUAUUCGCACUGCCUCACGGGUCUCAAGUGCUGUCACUUGUAGCUCAUCAUCUCGUCAUUGACAUCAUUUCUUGGAUUAAUGUUAUCCACGACCUCGAGGUUUUACUGACCUCUACCUACUCUCCACCCACCAAGCCCCUCUCAUUCCGCAGAUGGAAUGCUUCACAGAUCGAACACGUCAAUUCCCUCGAAAGUCGUGAAGCAAUUCUACCAUUUGCUGUACAACCUGCCGACUUGGAUUUCUGGGGCAUGUCAAAGAUUUCCAACGUCUACGGAGACAUGAGACAACAGUCGGUCGUCAUCACAGACCCUGACGUCGUCUCCUCCAUCCUGGGUGACUCGCACAGAGCCCUCAAGACCGAGCCACUCGAUCUAUUCAUCACGGCCAUUCUAAAAUCCUUUGCACAGACCUUCGACAGCCGGGAGUUGCCAACACUGUUCAACGAGGGUCAUGGUCGUGAACCUUGGGAUCAAACCAUUGACCCUGCUCAAACCGUCGGAUGGUUCACCUCGCUGUGCCCUGUUCACGUUAAACGGCAGAGCCUCGACUUCGGCGAUGAGGUUGACCAUGUUCGUAGGGUAAAGGAUGUCCGGCGUAGCAUUCCUAAUAAUGGCCGCCCGUACUUUGCUCACCACUAUCUCACCAGCUCAGAGAGUGUCCAUGAUGAACCUAUCGAGAUAUUGCUGAACUACCUUGGCCACACUCAACAAAAAAACCACCGAGACGCUCUCUUCACAGCCGUUGACUUUCCAUUUACGGAGGAGGACACCCUGGCCCUCUCCGACGUCGCGCCUGAGACCUCCCGCCUAGCUCUCUUCGAGAUCUCGAUAUCCGUCCUUGAUGAUGGCAUCGGGUUUACAUUAAUGUAUAAUCGACACAUGCUUCACCAAGACGGUAUUGAGAAGUGGGUAUCCAAUUACAAGCAGAUUCUCAUCAACACUACCAGAAAACUUGCCGAGACCCCUUCUACCCCGACGCUCAGCGACUUUCCUCUAUUACCUAUCAGCUACACGGAUCUGCACGAGAUAACGACCACACAUCUCCCCAAUGCUCAUGUGUCGCUUGGCAUGGUUGAAGAUAUUUAUCCAUGCUCGCCUAUUCAAACUGGCAUAUUGCUCAGCCAGCUCCUCGAUCCAUCUCAAUAUCUUUUCCACGUUGUUCUUCAAAUCACUCUUCCCGACGGCUCAGCAAUUAAUACUGCAAAACUCGUCCAGGCUUGUCACAGAGUCAUUGAGCGUCAUCCAGCAUUACGGACCAUCUUCAUUGAUAGCCUGCGUCAAGGCGACUCGUUCGAUCAAGUCGUUCUGCGGCCUUUUGAGUCUCGCGUCAGCACCAUCAAGUGUCGGGAGAUUGAUGUCAUGGCCGAGCUCAACUCCAUGUCGCUCGGUGAGACCAACAAGCGACACGAUGGUCCCAUGCUCCCCUAUCAGAUCACUAUUUGCGAAACACCACAAGGGAAGGUUUUCAUGAAGCUUGAGCUGAACCACGCAGUUACCGACGGUGCUUCCACAUCAAUCCUCCUCCGAGACAUCUCCAACGCCUACACCGACAGCUUGUCUCCAACUCCAGCUCCUUGCUAUAAGGAAUACAUCAAAUACAUUUCCGAUCAAUCCACCGCUUCAAGCCUGAACUUUUGGACAGGCUAUCUCUGGGAGUCACAACACACAGCAUUUCCAACACUCAAUCCAGAACUGAUAGCUAGCCGCCGCCUACAGUCUGUCAUUGUCCAGUUCGAACGGUUCUCGGAGCUUCAAGCUCUUGGAUCCAAACUCGGCGUGACAUUCUCAAACAUUGUCAUGGUGGCAUGGGCCCUGUUACUUGGAGCAUACACAGACCGCCAGGACGUGUGCUUUGGCUAUCUAGCCUCUGGACGUGAUGCCUGUAUCACUGGAGUCGAUGGUAUUGUCGGUCCUCUCAUCAACAUGCUUGUGUUCCGCUUCCAGUUCACAACUGAGACACUUCUCAAGACACUCUUCUCCGCCGCUCGAGAUGAUUACAUGGCCAGUCUGCCGCACCAGCACUUCUCUCUGGCUCGUGUGAGCCAUACCCUAGGCCAAUCAAAGCGGGGCUUCUUCAAUACGGCUGUGUCCAUCCAGAACGCCGGUGUAGCAAGUGUCUACGAGCCAGACUCGCUUACCUACGAGUCAGUCAAUGCCUAUGAUCCAAGCGAAUACGCCGUCACUCUCAAUGCCAAUGCUACACGUGGUGACGAAGGCAUUGUCCUCCGCUACUGGACCAACAUACUCUCAAGCUUGCAGGCCCAGAAGCUCGCCACAGACAUGUCUGAACUCCUUGAGGACUUCAUUGAUUACAGCGAGAGUACUCUGGUCCAUCUCCGGCUAUCACAGAUCUCACCAAUGGCUCGCAGCACAUACACACAAUCCUCCGAGGUUGACGGCUGGACGUCCGAGCAUGACGACACGAACAACCAGCCCAAAGCACAGAGCUCAGGAAUCAGUGCAUCUUCGACUUUGAUUGACGUCGGCGACGCAGCCUCCAUGUCAUCCAACAUGUGCAACUCAUUUUCCCGCGACAGAAAACAUCUCCACAACAAACUAUCCGCACUAUGGAGAGACAGUCUCGAGUAUGAAGGUUGUGCAAUCUCGCCUACCGACAAUUUCUUUGAGUCUGGCGGUGACUCGAUUAUCGCCAUGUCCAUGGUUGGCAAUGCCAGAGACUUGGACUUGCCGCUCACUGUGGCUGAUAUUUUUAAGAAUCCCGAAUUUGGUUCCUUGUUAGAUUGUCUUAACGACAAGUCGUACAAGGAUAGUGACAGGUCAUCUAUCCAUGGUCACGUGGAGAUGUUGGUCUCCAAGAAGGAGAAAUAUGUCAUCACUGACCAGCCUUACAAGCCGCUCUCCAUGCUUGACGCAGAUGAUACUGAGCAGUUCGUGCGAAGCCAUGUUUGUCCUGUUGUCGGGGUCUCCCGAGCCAGCAUCAUCGACGUCCUCCCUACUACCGACUUUCAAGACCAGGCCAUCCACGGAGGUCUUUUAGAGUCACGAUGGCAGCUCAAUUAUUUCCAUCUGGACUCUUCGGGCUCGCUUGACAUGACUCUACUACAAGAAGCUAUCACAAACGUCGUGGCCGCUUACGACAUCUUGCGCACUGUGUUUGUCUCUCAUCAAGGCCGUUAUUUGCAGGUCAUCCUCCGCCACGUCCAACCCACGGUCAUUGUUGAAGAUGUGGAGAGUAUAGAUCAGUUCACUUCCGAGCUUCAGGUGGCCCAUAAGCACGAGGUUCCGCAUCCCCACAUACCCUCACUCCGCUUCAUAGUAGCGCAACAGAAGUCAUCAGAACGUCAUCGAAUCUUCAUCCGCAUAUCUCACGCGCAGUACGACGGCGUGUGCUUCCCGACAAUCCUACAGAGUCUUAAGGCCUCAUUCGAUGGAGAACCUAUCUAUCCCACACCCUCGUACGCAAGCUACAUCCAGACGGCGCUGGGAGCGAACAAGGAACGAUGCUACGCGUAUUGGACGGCCCUUCUAAAGGGUUCCGCUCCCACCAACGUCAUCCAACGACCGCGAACAUCCUUGAGAACAAGCCCUACCCUAGUCUUGAGAAAGACCGUAUCUACGCCCUCACUCGCGUCGGUCAACAUCACAACCUCAACGGUCAUCAAGGCUGCCUGGUCAACCGUAUUGGCAAAGGUCACAGGGAAAACUGACGUUAUUUUCGGGAACGUUAUCAGCGGACGGAAUGCCAGCAACAUACCUGGGAUCCAAAGCAUUGUCGGUCCCUGCCUUGACAUCGUUCCCGUACGUGUUCGGCAACAAUCUUCUUGGACCGUUCUGGAUCUCUCCCAAUACAUACAGAACCAGCAGGUAGACAAUAUGCCGUACGAAACACUGGGAUUCAGAGAGAUCAUCAGCAAGUGCACCGACUGGGAUGAUGAUGGAGUCAAUGGUUUCUCUACUGUUGUUCAGCAUCAGAGUAUGCCGCAAACAGAGAGCUUCGAGAUGGGGGGAAACAGGUACGAAGUUGGCGCAAUGGGUUCGCAGGAAGACUGUGCUGAUCUCAGUGUUGUGACGACGCCUCAAAAUGUCGACAGCACUGAAGUUUGUUUGGUUUACAAUGGGAAUGGACAUGUAAGCAAGGAAUUGGCGGAACAGAUGUUUGAAAGUCUCUGCGACAAGAUUUCAGUAUUCUCGCAGGAUCCCUAUGCAUUACUAUAG